AUGAGCUCGUGGGACGUUUCCAUGUCGAACCAUGCGGGUCUCGUGUUCAACCCCAUUCGCACCGUUUCGGACAACGCGAAACCGUCGCCGUCUCCGAAGCCGAUUAUUAAGCUCUCCGUCGGUGACCCGACGCUGGACAAGAACCUUCUCACGUCGGCAGCCCAAAUCAAGAAGCUGAAGGAGGCGAUCGACUCACAGGAGUGCAACGGCUACUUCCCGACGGUGGGCUCCCCAGAAGCCCGCGAAGCUGUCGCGACAUGGUGGCGCAACUCGUUUGUCCACAAGGAAGAACUGAAGAGCACGAUCGUGAAGGAUAACGUGGUGCUCUGCUCUGGCGGGUCGCAUGGCAUUCUGAUGGCCAUCACGGCGAUCUGUGACGCGGGUGACUACGCCCUGGUGCCCCAGCCGGGCUUCCCCCACUACGAGACGGUGUGCAAGGCGUACGGCAUCGGCAUGCACUUUUACAAUUGUCGGCCGGAGAACGACUGGGAGGCCGACCUUGACGAGAUCCGGAGGCUCAAGGACGAUAAGACGAAGCUGCUCAUUGUAACGAACCCGUCCAACCCGUGCGGCAGCAACUUCAGCCGCAAACACGUCGAGGACAUUGUGCGGCUUGCCGAGGAACUGCGUCUGCCCCUCUUUUCGGACGAGAUCUACGCUGGCAUGGUCUUCAAGGGCAAGGAUCCAAACGCGACCUUCACGUCUGUGGCUGACUUUGAGACCACGGUGCCGCGCGUGAUUUUGGGUGGCACUGCGAAGAACCUCGUUGUUCCCGGGUGGCGGCUGGGAUGGCUGCUCUACGUGGAUCCACACGGCAACGGCCCCAGCUUCCUGGAUGGUCUGAAGCGCGUGGGGAUGUUGGUCUGUGGGCCAUGCACGGUUGUCCAGGCAGCCCUUGGCGAGGCCCUCCUCAACACUCCGCAGGAGCACCUUGAUCAGAUCGUUGCCAAAAUCGAGGAAAGCGCCAUGUACCUGUACAAUCACAUUGGUGAGUGUAUCGGCCUGGCUCCGACGAUGCCGCGGGGAGCAAUGUACUUGAUGUCGAGGAUUGAUUUGGAGAAGUACAGAGACAUCAAGACCGACGUGGAGUUCUUCGAGAAGCUGCUCGAGGAGGAAAACGUGCAGGUGCUGCCUGGAACCAUCUUCCAUGCACCAGGCUUCACGCGGUUAACGACGACGCGGCCCGUUGAGGUAUACCGUGAGGCUGUUGAGCGCAUCAAGGCGUUCUGCCAGCGUCACGCGGCCGUUUAG